AAUGACCACAAAGUGAAACAUAUCUUCUCUAAGUUAAGAGUUAUUGCGUAUUCCACCACCAACAUCAUCUCAUUCAGAGGCUCGUUAAAAAUAUUGUGCUAGAAUGCCCCGUUUUAAGCUCGUUUUCUUUACCCCAAGGACCUCUACGCAAACUAUUCUUCAGCAUCUUUUCGAAAAACACCCUCAAGAGGUAGGCAAGAUUGGGCACUACGAGCAUUGUGCAUUUAUAAUUCCAGGGACCGGACAGUUCAAGCCUGGUCCAGAAGCAAACCCUACCAUAGGUUCGCGGGGUACGUUAGAGUUUGUGGAGGAGGAUAGAGUAGAGGUUUUAGUCAAUGAUAAGGGUGAAAGGGCAGAGCUAUCUGCUGCGAUUAAGGAACUAAAAGCUGUCCAUCCGUAUGAAGAGGUUGCAUAUGACGUUUAUCAAUUAGAAGAUAUAUGAACAUAAAGAAACGUGGAGGCUUGGCUUCGUCAUUC